CUUCCAUGACGUCACAUUUACGCGACCGCUUGAAUGCACCGUCAACAGAUCUCGAUAUCUCUGAAAUAUGUAACUUAAAGCGGCUUUACACGAUAAAUCAACCACAUCCACUUUUAUUUAUGCAUGCUAGUUAUGUUCUGUAACUAUCGGAUUGCUCCCGUGUGCUGAAUUUGGUCGGGAGAUGUUUAUGCCAAGAUCAUUGAAGCUCAAGAGAGCUCCCGAGCCCCAACAGCAGAACCCCAAGAGAAGCAAAGUGAGAUCAGCAGACACUGUUUCUACAUCUCCGAUCACUGAUGAGAUCUGUCCUCCAGAUGAGACUGAGAGUAAACCAGAAGAUCUGAACAUAUGCACCUCUACAUCACAAAAAGAUGAGAGUGAAACAAUAAAGGAACCCAAUCAGAUAGAGACCGAAGAAUCAGAUGAGGAAGAACCUGUGAAGUCCUUCAAGAAGAACCAGAGAUGGCCUGAACCCGGAGAGCCUGUUUGUAUCAUGUGUGGUCGUUACGGAGAAUACAUCUGCGAUAAAACUGACAAUGAUGUCUGCAGCCUGGAGUGUAAAGCCAGUCAUCUGGCUAAAACGUGCAUGGACUUUGGAGAGAAGGUCCAUUCUAAAGAUCUGCAGGAGGGUUCAGAGAUCUCCAAUGCUUCAGACAGUAGCAGCACUGGUCCACAUGAGCUGGGUUACUCCUACAAGGAGGAUCCUUUCAUAUCUGAAUUGACAGAUGAACAGAUUGAGAGAGUUAAAACAGAGUUGGCUAUUGUGACACGUGGCCAGGAGGUCUGUAGACCCAUUAUAGAGUUUGAGCACUGUAACUUUCCUUCAGCACUUAAGGUGAAUCUGAAGAAGGCUGGUUAUGAGGCACCGACUCCCAUUCAGAUGCAGAUGGUUCCUGUUGGUUUAACUGGGAGAGAUGUGAUUGCCACUGCAGAUACAGGUUCAGGAAAAACGGUUGCCUUCCUUCUUCCAGUGGUUGUUUGUGCCCUCGUGACCCAAACUGCAUCUCCGUCUUGUCCCACGUGUCUCAUCCUGACCCCAACCAGAGAGCUGGCCAUUCAGAUAGAGAAGCAGACGAAAGAGCUGGUGAUGGGUCUGCCGAACAUGAGGACUGCUCUGCUGGUGGGUGGGAUGCCUUUACCCCCUCAGCUGCAUCGACUCAAGCAGAUGAUCAAGAUUGCAAUAGCCACUCCAGGACGCCUCCUUGAGAUUCUCAAACAGACCGCUGUACGGCUGGAUGAUGUCAGGGCUGUUGUGGUUGAUGAGGCAGAUACCAUGCUGAAGAUGGGAUUCCAGCAGCAGGUUCUGGAGAUUUUGGAGCACAUCCCCGAACACCAUCAGACGCUGUUGACAUCAGCCACCAUUCCCACAGGAACGGAACAGCUAGCAGCUCGUCUAACCCAUGCCGCUGUGGGCAUUACCAUUGGACAGAAGAACCAACCCUGCGCUAACGUCCGGCAGAUAGUCGUCUGGGUGGAGGAGCCUUCAAAGAAAAAGAAACUUUUUGAGAUUUUAAAUGACCGAAAGCUCUACCAGCCACCUGUAGUUGUAUUUGUAGACUGCAAGCUUGGAGCAGAUCUUCUGUGUGAAGCUGUGCAUAAGGUCAUGGAAUUAAAUGCAGUCGCUAUCCACUCAGACAAGACGCAAUGGGAACGCAACAAGAUUGUUAAGGGUCUUCUUGAGGGCCAGUUUGAAGUGGUGAUCAGUACUGGCAUUCUCGGCAGAGGACUGGACCUGGUCAAUGUUAAGCUGGUAGUGAACUUUGACAUGCCAGCUAACAUGGAUGAAUACGUUCAUCAGAUUGGUCGAGCAGGUAGAUUGGGCCACAGAGGCACAGCCAUCACCUUUAUGAACAACAACAGUAAACGCUUGUUUUUGGACAUUGUGAACAGAGUAAAACCCACCGGCUCCACACUGCCGCCACAACUCCUCAACUCCCCCCAUCUGCAUGAACAGCAGAGGAGAGCCAAACAGAGGAGCAAUCAUGGAGAACACAUCAUCGUAACCAAGAGCAACCUCAUUGACAUCAUCAGGAGGCAUGACAGAAGUUCGGCAAAGAAAUCACAAUGAAAUAUAUUUAUUACAUAAAUGAGGUUUUGUCAUUGUUUUUGUAAAUUGUAUCUUCAAUAAAUGUCCCAUAUUACUGC